CCCCUCAUUUACAUCCAUGAUGUCACAGUAUGUCAUCAUACACAGCGCAGAUUUUUAUAUGUGAUUUUGUAUCAGCGAUACAAUCAAAUGUGUAAAGUUUGUGUUUUGACACCCCCAAUGACCCUUCAAUAGUCCCCAGGCCAUGAAGUACAAAUGCACAUGAAAUAAAUAGUUUGGGCUUCCCGUCUUUCCCUCCUUUUCUUUUUAUCUGCAGAACAAAGCUACAGCGAAUAUUGUGUGUAUAAUUUCAGUCUAUAGAGCGUAUUCCCUCACGUGACCACAACAACCAGUGUUGCCAGGUCCGCGUCUUUCCCGCGGAAUUGGGCUACUUUUGAAGUGUUGCCGCGGGUUGAAUUUUUUGUCCGCUGGUUCGGGUCGACCUAUCUUGCAUGCAAAUUACAUGAAUAUCUUGAAAUAAAAAUCCAUAUUUUAAAUGAAAUAAUUUAUUUAUACCCAAAUCCUACCAAACUGACUCCAGAUCAGCACGUACACACAUGGACAUGGACUUUAAAAGCAGUGUAUAUGGUUUGGCACGGGCAUAUUUUGAGUUCUGAUAUUGGGCUGGGUUUUAUUGGCCAUUGGGCUGGUUUUGUCACACAGACCUGGCAACCCUGACAACAACCUUUGGCGGCCAUGUUGGGGUCCAUGCACGGCAUUGUUUUUGCUUUAUUUUAUGCCGCUCUUCUUUAGAAAUGACCAUUAUAUCCUGAAGGAGACACAAUUUCAGUUCAAAGCGGUGUGCCUUGUGAUUAUGGUCCGAAUCUGCUUCUGCAAAACACUGCAACGACAGACCUGCCCCUCCGUGCUCUGGUUGCCCGUGUGGCUGAUCAACAGUCAACAAGCACUUUGUUUACCCUCCCAUCUGCCCAAAGAACUUCUACUCUCAGAUCAGUCGCACGUUUUUAGUUUGAGCUGUCGAUCGCACACACCCCCACGCUAGAAGGAUUUAAAACGAAAGCUUAGUGCAGCGCCCAAACAGAGUGACGGCAAAUAUGGCCGCCAAGCUGGCCAACUUUGGCAAAAUCCUGCUGCGCCGCCGGGCAUUAGACUUGUCUUGCGUGGAGACCCGAUUCUCCCGCUGCCUGUCCACGCUGGACCUCAUCGCCUUAGGGGUGGGCUCCACACUCGGCGCCGGUGUGUACGUCCUCGCUGGCGAGGUCGCCCGAGAAAAAGCAGGUCCGGCUAUCGUCCUCUGCUUCCUCAUCGCCGCUCUGUCCUCCAUGUUGGCCGGACUGUGCUACGCUGAAUUUGGCGCCCGUGUCCCGAAAACCGGCUCCGCAUACCUUUACAGCUACGUGACAGUGGGAGAAGUCUGGGCCUUCAUCACCGGGUGGAACCUCAUCCUCUCCUACGUGAUCGGCACGGCCAGUGUUGCUCGGGCAUGGAGCUCAACGUUUGACAGCUUGGUGGAACAAAAGAUCUCCAACUUCUUUAAAGCCUCCAUGACAAUGAAGGUGCCCGGGAAUGUGCUGGCAGAGUACCCUGACCUGUUCGCCCUCAUCCUGGUCCUGCUGCUCUCUGGACUUCUGGCCUUUGGCGUGAAUGAAUCGGCGUUGGUGAAUAAGAUCUUCACGGGCAUCAAUCUGGUGGUUCUGGGCUUCGUAAUCAUCUCUGGCUUUGUUAAAGGGGACACAGCCAACUGGAACCUGACGGAGGAAGACUACCACAAGUUCAUAAACGACACCAACAGCACCAGGGUUGCGAAAGUCGAGGAGGAAUUUGGCGUGGGUGGCUUUGUGCCGUUUGGCUUGAACGGAGUCCUGUCUGGUGCGGCCACCUGCUUCUACGCCUUCGUGGGCUUCGACUGCAUCGCCACAACAAGCGAAGAAGCAAAGAACCCCAUGCGUUCCAUUCCCGUUGGCAUCGUCGCCUCGCUGCUGAUCUGUUUUUUCGCCUACUUCGGCGUGUCCGCCGCCCUGACCCUCAUGAUGCCGUACUACCAGCUGAACACCCAGAGUCCUCUGCCCGAGGCCUUCAGCUACAUCGGCUGGUCUCCGGCCAGAUACAUCGUGGCUGUGGGCUCCCUCUGCGCUCUGUCCACCAGUCUCCUCGGCUCCAUGUUCCCCAUGCCCCGUGUCAUCUACGCCAUGGCGGAGGACGGGCUGCUGUUCCGUGUGCUGUCCAGGAUUAACGCUCGCACCAAGACUCCCCUCCUGGCCACCAUUGCAUCCGGCAUUGUUGCAGCUCUGAUGGCCUUCCUGUUCGACCUGGCAGCUCUGGUGGACCUGAUGUCCAUUGGAACUCUGUUGGCGUACUCUUUAGUGGCCAUCUGCGUCCUCAUCCUCAGGUACCAGCCAGGCACCCUGAGCUCGUCCAGCCAGACGGAGAAGCUGGUGGAGCUGGUGGAGGGCGAGAAGGUGGCUGUAAGCGGAGGAGACGGCGGCGACGAGUACGGCAUGGAGACGGAGGCGAGGCCGCGCCGCGAGACCUUCGCUGUGAAGCUGCUCUUCUGCCCGAGCGGAAACGACCCAACGCAGACCUCUGGCAACAUCGUCUAUGUCACCACCGCUGUUAUUUCUCUCUUCAUCACAGUGCUGUGCGUUCUCCUCGCCAACUGCCUCACGGCGCUGCUGGCCGGCCACGCGGCCGUCGUGGUGCCGUGCGUGAUCUUGGCCCUGCUCUGCAUCGUCUGUCUCGUCGUCAUCUGCAGGCAGCCGCAGAGCAAAGAGGCGCUCACCUUCAAGGUCCCUCUGCUCCCCUGGUUGCCCCUGUUCAGCGUUUUCGUCAACAUCUACCUCAUGAUGCAGCUGGACCGGGGGACGUGGUGCGGCUUCGCUGUCUGGAUGCUGAUCGGUUUCGUCAUCUACUUCUGUUAUGGCAUCAGGAACAGCAGUGAAGGGGCCAAAAGGUCGUCCCCGCGUAAAUACGAGCCCGCGCUGCAGAGCAAGAGCCCGAUUUACACCGCCGCCGCGAACGACAGUGACACGGAAGCAGGCGGCAGCCCCUGAGACGCGCAGACGUCGAGCCGGGGAGUGUCGCCGGAGCAUCGACACUCAUUGUGGCAGUCCGGUUGAACUAGCGGGUCGGAACGCAGCCCUGGGUUUAGGAGGGAGGAGAGGCAACACACACAUCUUACCUCUGAUUUUGGAGGCUGGUUAACUUGAUGGCGAGACACUGUGAGAGAGCCACUGUGUCCCGUGUGUGUUUCGAUCUGUUUGUACUUAGCCGUACCCCCUGGGAGAUAUUUACCUGCCUCUAACACAUGCUACGAAUGGACCUGACUAACAAAGAGUUCUGCGGGUCUCCUCAUCCGAGUUCUGUUUUCCGUUAUAUGGGAGAAUGUUAGACCUUUAAGUGUUUUCCUCUUUGCUUCCUUUCCGUUACUGGUGGCAGCAGUAUCUCCCCCUAGUGGCCCGGUGUGGCGCCGCAUGCAGCGUGUGGAGCCACACCGGGCCACUAGGGGGAGAUACCAACUAUUAUGCGCAUGACUAAAAAUGAUGACUUGAGCCGGCGACGGUACGAUCGUAACGACACUUGGAUCCGUGAGCUAGACCCUCCGAAGCCACCACAAAGCGACGGGGCCUCCGGCGGUUGACGCGUCCGGGUUACUGGUCCUUGUUUAUUGCACCAGCCCGUUUGUUUGCGAGUAAACAGGGUAGCGCUGAGGCUGUCGGCUUACAAUGUCAGUCGGGGCCUCGGUGCAGUUCGGUCAGUAGCACAUAGACGACGAUGAUGUCAUCACCACCGUUUCGGUUCAGUGUCUGAGGCUGAAGUACAUGCCUUACACACCACCCUUCUGCCCCUCCGCCCCCAGAGAACAGCCAUGCAGUCAUUGUACCUUCUUUUUUUUAAUGUUAUGAAACACAUAAAUUAUUCAAUAUGUUCUUGCUUAUAGACUUGUUGAAAUGGUAUUUGCAGGUAUUUUGUGGCCUUUGUUCCAACCUAACCCAAAUGACUCUUAAUGGGGUUUUUUCCCAUAGCUUUUUACAGAGGUUAACUCCUUUUCCUCCAUCAAGAGGGCGUCUGAGUCCAGUAAUUAAAGUAAGAACUGCAACGCAGGAGUCAUAGCAUUUGGUUGUACAUGAUUUUUUUUCUUCUUCCAAAACGUGUUCAUGUAAAUAUAUGAAUUUUUUAAACAGCCAUCGGCUUAAUUUGAUAAUUCCAGAGUUCAUUUACACACUUGCACCCGUCUGUUUCAGAAUCAGAAACAGUUUUAUUGCCAGGAAUGUUUACACAAACGAGGAAUUUUUUUUGGCGGAAGGUGCAACAUUUGGACAUGACAAACAAACAACAAUCAACACGACAGAAAGACAACAAAUAAUGUGAAAGUGUUUGGGUGUGUGCUUCAAGUGGUGUGUCACAUUAUUUUCAUGUUUGUGCAGAUCUGAGGCGGUUGAUGAGAUUUUCCCUCAACACGCACAUUCGUGACAUUAAUUCAUCCCCUGACGAGCUUUUACAAUUUCAGUUCAUACAAUCUGUCCACCUCCAACUGGUCUGGGAGCUGAGGAUCUGUUUCUGGACGAGGGGUCUGUCUUCUUUCCUCUUCACCUCCUUUUUGUUUUUACUUCCUUUUGAGAAGACUCUCAAAGGUUCUUGUUUAGUUUCAAUUGAAACUUGUUCUUGGCAGCUUUGUCUGUUGAGUUCACUUUUACUUGUAUUGUAUUCAACUGUACCUUGUUUUUACUACUUUAUUUACUUCUACCGACAGAACUGUUAAUAUUCAAAUCUUUUAAGUAUUGUUUGUUAGAGACAUAUUUUUUGUCGUAUCAGUCGCAAUCAUUUUAAUAUGCUUUUUAGAUGUUAACGUAUUUGAAUUUUUACAUGUACAGUUUUUAGUAUGCUUGUCUUUUUUUGGGAGUCUCCUUCUUUUUACUUCUGUUGCAAAUGUUUUGCGUAAAACAUGUUAAAUGUAAUCCUUUCUGACCAAAUGAACUUGUUUUUUGGAAAUGUGAGUUUUCCAAAAUGAAGAAUGACCACUAAAAGUUGUUCUCUAAAUUGUUAAAUAUGAAAUAAUGUUUUACCCCAACCCUCUAAAGUCAAUAUAACUUAUUGUUUAUAGUAUGUUUUGUUGAUCGAGAAAGUGCAUUACUGUAAAAUGUACAGUAUUUGUUUAAAAAUGUGUCUUUAUUUUUAAAAUGCUGUAAAUCAUACACUCUUUUUAACAUGAGUAUAAUUUGGUAAGGGAUAUUUUUGUGUGUGUAAAUUACCAUUGGAAGUUUCAUUUGACAUUUAAUGCUACUGAAAUCCAAAUUAUACAAAUUGAGCCCUUUUUUUCAAAGCUGUUCCCACUGGAUGCAAUAUUGAAGCAUUGCUGUAUAUCCUCAUAAAACGCCCCAACAUUCAUUAUUUUUGCUCCUUUGAAAAAGUAAAUAUAUCACCCAUAAAAUAAGUGGAGAAGGGCGUGGCGGUAGAGGGAAAGUUGGGUUCAGCAGUGUUUCUAGACGAUGUGAGUCGGUAAACUUAUGCCUAUGAACCAUCCUUCUAUCACUAUAGUAGUGUUAGAAGUCUAGUCUACUAGUGACACUAGUUAACACGAGUCUGCCCGCCCGCGGCGUCAUAAACCGGCUUUGUGGCUGUGACGCGUCACACAGCGCCCACACUCCGCCCUCGUGCCUUUUACAAUCUACCCCUCAAUGACAUCUCAUUAACCCUUGUGUUGCCUUAGGGUCAUUUUGACCCGAAUCAAUAUUACCCCCCUCCCGCCUUAGGAUUAAUUUGACCCCAUUCAAUGUUUAAUGUCGGUGUUCUUUCGGUAGUCAACAAACAAACAUAAAGUGCCUCACACUUAAACUUGGAAAACAAUAUUAAUUCUAAUAAUUUUCUGGAGGUUUUAAUUGCUGGCGUCAAAUUGAACCCAAAGGGUAAAAUAUGUUAGUAAAUAUAAAGGUAACAGGAGGGUGAAACAUUGAAUCGGGUCAAAAUGACCCAAAGGCGGGGGGAGGGUGUAAUAUUGAUUCGGGUCAAAAUGACCCUAAGGCAACACAAGGGUUAACACCUUUUUUAUUUAAUUUUUUUACUUUUAUUGCUAUACUUCUGUACAUAUCACCGUCGGUUGUAUUUUCUGUGUUUUAAAAUAAAAUAAAACAAUAAUUCAAUCAUU